CUCCUGAAGGACUAGCUCUGCCUCGUAGCCCGGGCCCUGUCGAUGGCAACCUAUACGCCAGAGUAAGGAAGGGAAGUAGUGACGAAGGAGCUCCGUUUCACCUGGCAACCAGCUACCCUAUCCCCAGUGGCCUUAAACUGUCAGCCAGCAAAGACUCAGGCCUCUCUAUCGCCUCCCAGAGGACCGGAGGUAUUACUGCUGUGAGCCCCAGGAGAGGGCCCAGUCAGGACGAACUUACCCAGCUCAGGCGGCUUCUAUCUGAGGUCGGCCUGGAGCCUCAUCUGGAGGACAUGACUGACCUCCCAGCCUCCUGUAACGCAGCGAGGGAGAUGAAGGGGGACGAGGCUGGGUUAGGGCAGCCUGUGAAGGCCUCUCCUAGCGAGAGGGAGUCAGACAUCCUUUAUGAUGACGAGGUUAGCCCCGAGGCUAGCAUUGGCUCGUUCUCCUCUGAGUGCAUACUUGAAGCCCAGGGAGUGGUCCAGAGUGGAAGUGGAUACUCCACCCCCUCCACCCAAUCAUGGGUGCAGCAGCAGCAGAUAGUCGUCAGGGGGCAGGACAGCCCUGUGGAUACACUUUCUCUGAUUGGUCCAAACAACUUGUCACUUCCAGACACGCCCAAUAGGGGGAGCAGCAGCAGAGAGUCGGUGCAGAGAGGAGUGGAGGGAGGGGUGGGGUUGCCUGUACACACCACCCAUACACCGUUGCCCUCAGGGGAACCUUGCGGGCAGGAGGAGCUUGCCUCGUUAGCCACAGACAUUGAUGAGUCCAUCGAGCAGCUUAACCAGCUGAUCCUAGAUCUGGACCCCACCUUCAUACCUGUUCCCACCCGACACACCCCCCUCCCCCUUGCUCUCUCCACUUCCCUCUACACCAAUGGUAACAACCAUACGACGACACAUGCCAACGCCAGCCAAUCAGGCUGGAAGCACAGACAGGCCAGUGAUGUCACAGAUUACCCAGGAUUCUACAGUCCUGGUUGGGGCGGAGCCCAGACAUUCCAGAAUGCUCCGAUCUACAGGACCAACCUACCUCCCUCCCAGUGUCUCUCCAGGAUGGACAGUGUGAACUAUGAAGGACCGACUCCAGUAACGGACAGCUGUGACAUAGUCCCGUCCACACCAGCAUUUCCUAUCUCUCCUCCAACGCCCUAUGUGAAAAGUUACCCAGUGUUCUCUUACCUGAGGCCAGGAGAAGGACAUUGGGAGAAGAGCGGAAUAUCACAAGUGUCUCUCCAGGAUGGACAGUGUGGACUAUGA